AUGGAACAAGGGAAGCAAGGAAUUAUGGUGGCGUCUCAGACUCAGAAUCCGUUAGAGCAAGUCCAAGCGCGUUUCAAGGAGUUGGAGAAUGGCUUCAAACUCUGGCUCUCCAAGCAGUCUCUCCCCGUCGAGGCCGCUAUUGUCACCACCACCAGCGCCGCCCAGGGUGCCGCCAUCGGCGCCUUCAUGGGCACCCUCACCGCUGAUGCCCCCUCCGCCUUCCCCACCCCUCCGCCGAACGCCUCUCUGAACCCUCAGGCCAUGGCCUCUCUUAAACAAGCUCAGGCUCUAGCUGGAGGUCCUCUUAUUCAGGCCCGGAACUUUGCUGUGAUGACGGGAGUGAAUGCUGGAAUUUCCUGUGUCUUGAAAAGGUUGAGGGGGAAGGAAGAUGUCCAGUCCAGCAUGGCGGCAGCUUUUGGUUCGGGGGCCAUGUUUUCAUUGGUAAGUGGCAUGGGUGGACCAAAUCAAGCAACAAACGCAGUCACUUCUGGACUUUUCUUUGCACUUGUUCAAGGUGGACUUUUCCAGAUAGGACAAAAGUUUUCCCAACCACCUGUUGAAGAUACUCACUAUGCUAAAACAAGACACAUGUUGAACAAUCUUGGCCUCCAGAGUUACGAGAAGAAUUUUAAGAAAGGCUUGUUAACCGACAACACUUUGCCUUUACUCACAGACAGUGCUCUCAGAGAUGUGAGGAUUCCUCCUGGACCUAGACUUUUGAUUCUUGACCACAUUCAGAGGGACCUUGAUUCGAAGGAGAAGCGAGGAAGCCGAAAUUGA